GAAGGCCUGGCGCGGAGGGGAGGGAGGGACGGGGCGCCCGGAGCCGCUCCGCGGGCAGCGCCGGCGGACGCCGAGGCGGCGGCGGCGGCGGCGGCGGCGGCGGCGGCAGCAGCGGGGACUGACCCACCGCCCUUCCCUGGCCAUGGGGCUUGGCGGCCCGCCGGCCCCCCGCGCCCCGCCUAUUAUUAAUAUUACUUAGAAGCAGGGGGUGGCCCCGGCGCGGGCGGAGCUGGCAGCGUCCUCCGGCGGGUGCCCCGGCGCUCCCGAGCGGGCUGCAAACUGCUCUCUGUGGCUUAAAUGGACAUCAAAGCACGGCUCUCUCCUGGAACAUACAUCCCCGGAUGAUCUGAUCCUUUGUGAACUAACUUCCAAGAAUUUGCUUGCUUUAAUUUAUGGCUUGCUCCCACACAGAAAACCUACAUUUUAACGCUGAUAUUGCUCCCAUCUUCUGGUAGGCAGAAGGGCAAAGGGCUGCCUUCAACGAAUCCUCGGUGGGAGGGGUUAGCAGCAGGCCACAGAGAGGUGGAAGAGACUUGGAAGCACUGUGAGAAGGUGAAAGGAAAUACUCAGCUUUGCCUUUUUAAAGCAUAUUUGGGGGAAAUGAAGCUUCUUCUCUUAUGGAUGGAGGUAGUGGAGUUGGUAUGCUCAGCCUAAGCCCGAGGUGGUAACUGGCAGGUUCCUGCAGCGCCCCUUCCUUUUUGCCUUAUGUUGGACCCUACAUCAUACUUGGUCAGCGGCAACGGCAGGACCCGAGCGGGAAAGAUGGUCGUCGUAAGGAGGAGGAACGUGAAAGUGUUUACCUUCGCCUUCUUGCUCAUCACGGUAACGUCAUUUCUGCUCAACUACACACACCAGGUGACCAUGACCACCUGGGAUCUGAGACAUCUCGUCAUGCAGUUUUCAAAGCAAGCCCAAAAACUCUUCAAGUACCCCAGGAGACCAUGCAGCUGUCACACAUGCAUUUCUGAGCUGGGACAUUCCCUCUGGUUCAAUCAGAGAUUUAAUUCAACUAUGCAACCUUUCCUGACCUCACAAAAUGCCUUGAUCCCAGAAGACAGCUACAGGUGGUGGCUGAAAUUGCAAGGAGAGAAAACUCCGAAGAAUAUUAAUGAUACUCUCAAGGAAUUGUUUGGAUUAAUUCCUGGGGAUGGGGAUCCACUGCAGGAGCGAGGCACUCACUCAUGCAGGCGGUGCGCUGUUGUGGGCAACUCUGGGAACCUUCUGCAGUCUCAGUAUGGCCAAGAUAUUGACUCCCAUGACUUUGUGCUCAGAAUGAACCGUGCCCCCACCACUGGCUACGAAUCAGAUGUUGGGAGCAAGACCACUCACCACUUUGUUUACCCUGAGAGCUACAAAGAACUGGCAGAAAACGUGAGCAUGAUCCUGAUCCCCUUCAAAACCCUGGACCUGCGCUGGGUUGUCACUGCUCUCACCACAGGCACCAUCAACUUCACAUAUGUUCCAGUUCCACGGAAAAUCAAAGUCAAAAAAGAAAAGAUCCUGGUUUAUAAUCCAGCUUUUAUGAAAUACGUCUAUGAAAACUGGCUCCAGCAUCAUGGGAGAUACCCCUCUACAGGCCUUCUGUCUUUGAUAUUUGCACUCCACGUAUGCGAUGAGGUGAAUGUGUACGGUUUUGGAGCAGACAGCAAAGGACACUGGCAUCAUUACUGGGAAAACAACGCUUCAGCUGGAGCUUUCCGGAAGACAGGUGUCCAUGAUGGGGAUUUUGAGUUCAAUGUAACUUUGACUCUUGCCUCCAUUGAAAAAAUAAAUUUUUUCAAGGGCAGAUGACCCUGGCCACGGGAAGAAGUGGGGGCUGCAAUUUCCAACAUGCAGCAGAACAAAGCUCAGUGAGGAUGAUCUGAGCACCAGCCAGGUUUGAAUGCGUGAAUCUGCAGCGGAUUCGGAGCAUCUCACUGCUGCAAUGCUCACCGCAGGGAGCUCGGCUGAGGACCGCCUCUGCGCUGCACGUGAUUUCCUAUCUACAGAUAGCUGGGAACUACCAAUCAGUUGUGGGAAAAAAUGAAUCUCUGCUUAGGCUCUACGGCUUGAUUCUCGAAUUACUGAUGAAAGAUCUACCUGUUGCAAUUAGGGGAAACCUGGGCACAGGGACUGCUGUUUGUGUGUCCAUUCUUUCCUUGAGUAAGGCAGGCGAUCCUUGAAGAAGAGUGAAAACAACUUCUGGGACUUAAGACCCGCUAGGGCAGCUGUGAACAUCAUAGUAAGGAUUACCUCAAAGAAAUUAAUUCACUUCUGCUGUUGAUCUUGUUUUUGAACUAUCUCUUCUUUUUUAUCUAUUACUUCUGGUUUCAUACCGUGUUAAGCAAAAACAUGAAGAAGUUGCCUGGAGUAGUAAAUUUUUCAGCCAUUGCCUCAUUCUGCAUUGAUAGCAUCUAGAAAAUAGGGAUCGAAUCAUCUCUGAUCAUAUAUUAUUUAACAUUGCUUCCUAUAGAGCCAUAAUGAGCAAGAAAACAAUACUGAAAACUCCAGCAAAAAAAAAAGAGAAAAAGGCCUUUUUAGCUACUUGUAUGUCUGUCUUGUUGCAUUAUACAUAAUUUUUAUUUCUUUUUUUUUUGGUGGAAAAUUCUCUGGAAUGCUCAUUUUUAUUUUACCAGUUUACGGUUGGAAAAUUGACUUUUUUUCUUUCAGUCUUUUAUAUGUAUGUGCCUUUUAUAAUUGUGCAACAGAUGCGAUUUUUUUUUUAAAGAUGACAAACCCUAAAUUAAACUUUUUUUAUAAAAGGGGGGGAAAUUAGCCAAAGUCUAGCCUCCACGUGGCGUACUUUUGUAGUCAGAAACUAUAAUAACAGCUCCUAUAUUGUAUUUGAGCAAACACAAACAAAACUAAUUUUUAAAGGUAGCUUUUACCUUUUUUAUGGGAAAAUAUCCAAAAGUUCCAAGGAAACUUUUCCUCUUAUUUUUUUACAAAUCUCUUUGCCAGGUCUCUAUCUGAAAUGGAAGAAAUAUCAUGGGUUGGGUUAUCAGCUAGCAAUACAACAGGAAUCUUUUGCCCUGUAGCAGCAUCUACAAGGACACAAUCUAAGCAAGCUGAUCCUAUAGUAUAAGCCAGACUUCAAAAUUAUGGACACCUCUGGAGGAAUGAGUGUAUUAACGUCAGUACCUCUAGGCAGCGAGGGGAGGGAAAUGACGGUGGAGAUUUUAUAUCCACAGAUUUUUGCUGGAAUCAACACAUUUAAUCCUCGAAGACAGAUAAAGUAUGAAUCCAAGAACAAAGUUCAGGUAGUGAAGAAUGGGGAACAGUGUUUUUUUUUUCUUCCCGAUGUCAUGAAUAUAGGAUUAAUGGAUUAUUGACCCAUUUUCAGCUCUGGUGAAGCCAAUGGAGUUCUUGCCACAGACUUCAAGGGACUUCAGAUCAGGCCUGGAAAAAAUGGCACAUUUAAUUUUUAAUGGAUUUUGAUGGUUGGUGUUUGUGGCAAUUUAGAAAUCAUCUAAAUGACUCGUCUUUCAUGCACUAGUUCUGGCAGCAUGUCCAAGUGGAUGAGUAUUUGAGUUCAGCGAAAGCCUAGCCCUUCAACCAGUGAUGUGCUUCAGUCCAAGAUUUAUCCCCUGGAUUUUCCAUGCCAGUUGUUAACAGUGAGCUCCCCUCCAAGGCAGCAAUUCACAGUACAAGGGCACGGUUGGCUGUAAUAUACAUAUUUUGGGCCACAGCACCACUCUCCAGCAUGAACUGCUUUACCUGCCUGAGUAACUGGACUCACAGCUUACAAAAGAGAUGAGGAUGCCAAACAUCUAUGCGGAGAACUGAGCUCCCUCUGCUGUACACACAUGACCCUUCAGUUUAGCAACAUUGAAAGGGCAGGAUUUUCAAAUCCUUGUGUUGAGUCCUGUUGACGAACCUCAUGUCAAGAAGCCCUUUCCUAGCAUGGUGGCCAGCAGAACUCACCUGCAUGUCACGGGCGCAGCAAAUGCAAUGGGCUUACUGUCUUCUCCAUGUCCUUUGUAAAACUAUGGAACGUUUCUACCUGAACUAUGUUCGUUUGUUUUAAGCAUUUCCACUCUUUCAAUUGUUAGACAAUAUGCUUCUGGUGAGAUGUCACAAUAAUAGAAGCAAAGCAACUUUAAGAGGAAAAAGACUCCGCGGAUGACCCCAGUGGUAUCUUCACCCUAUGGCUGGAUUUUGGAGAUACUUUUUCUUCAUCAUGAACUUCAAAUAUUUUUUUUUUCUCAUGCAAGGAUGUCAGUAAUUCAGAAACACUUCAUUGCUGUUUCAGUCAUUUUUAGAAAGACUUGGAAGAAAGCUCAUAGUUUGGUCCUCAGUUCACAUUGAUAUUUUUUAUCACAGGUGUCAGUAUGAGAUCAAAGAAAGUGGUAAAAAAAACCAGCUAUUUUCUCAUCUGUGUUGUUCUGAAAGUUUUCUUUUGCUGUCCAUACUAAUUUUCCAAUUUUCCCCUGAGUAUUCUGCCUCUGACAGCACGUAUGAAACAUCACGGCUCAUACAAUCGUGGAUAGAUUUAGUGUCUUUGUCAUGGAACAAGCUGCAUCUCCCAUUUAAUUUUCCUGCCACAGAUUUCCAUUUUUCAGAGCGUGAGGAGAGUGGAGAGUGGAGAGAGCGGACCUUUCUAGCUGUAGGAUGAGGGGUAGUCUGUGCCAUCACAUUUCUACUCUAGAGGAACUUUUUCUGGAGUCCUUUAGGCAACUGACGGUUGUGUUUAGAUCUUUGUCUCAGUUUCUCCACAAUUUUGCUGCUCUUUCAAAUGCCUUCAGAAUAAGGAGAUACCAACAGAUGAUGCUGAGGGAAGAAUUAAUUCCCGCUGCCAAUGUUGAAGACUCUCUGUUCCUGCUAGAAACUUUCUGGGUUUAUUUUGUUUAAAAGAACAACAAAGGAAAACAGUUCACAACAUGUCAAGGCUUCAGACUCUUGGACUGUUUUUGCCACCACUGCAAAGGCUCUGAGGCACUCCUUAAGUGUGUGUUGUGUUUUUUACCAAAGCCAAAUCUCUUGAGCACUUUUUUUCUCCCAUGAUCAGAUUUUCUUCCUAUUUUCCUUUGACUACAAGAUUGAUUAUGUUAAUAGUUUUUUUCUUGUUCUGGUGGUGGGGAGUCUCAUUCAAUCAUUCUUUGACAUUUUAUUUAUUUAAUUUUUAGUAUGAUAUGAAUCAAAAUAAAUUUUUUAUUGUAAUCAAA